UCUCUUCUCUCUCACACGCAACUCCAUUUUCAUUAUUUAAACUGUCUUUCUUUAGGAUGCCCCUGCUCUGCUCCUGACCAAAUAAUAAUUUAUAAACAAUUGUAAAUGUGAAUUAGGUUUCCCUUCACUUGGAAUGCUCAAAUGCUGAUCAUUUAUUGCACCUCCCUGACAAUAAUCCAUCAAAGAAAAUCUCAUCUGUUCUUGACACCCUUCUUCAAGCAAAAUGGAGAGAUGGGUUUCUCUGAUGGCAGCUCUUCUCUUCAUUGAGGCUUUAUUCGCCGCUUCUUGUGUACCAUCUGAAGCAGCUAUCUCCAAAGGAUCUUUUGAAGAUAAUUUCAGCAUUAUGUGGUCAGAGGAGCAUUUCAAAACUUCUGAAGACGGCCAGAUCUGGUAUCUCUCCCUGGACAAGGAAACAGGCUGUGGAUUUCAAACAAAGCAGAGAUACAGAUUUGGGUGGUUUAGUAUGAAGCUAAAAUUGGUGGGAGGUGAUUCAGCUGGUGUAGUCACAGCUUAUUAUGUCAGUCUUUCUUGAUAUAUUAUAGCAGAUAAAGCAUUUUUCU